AUGGGUAACGACGGAGGAAGUAUCCCCACCCGCCGCGAGCUUGUCAAAGAAGCCGCCCGGGCUCCCAGCACGGCGCAAGUGAAAGAAGCCCAGCGCGAAGUCCAGGAGCAUUUUUGGACGACCUGUCCGCUAUCGCAUAAGCUCCUCAUCCGACCGAUCGUCUCAGACUCCGCCGGGAACCUCUACAACAAAGAUGCCAUCCUACGAUUCCUCCUGCCCAGCGACGAAACCGACGGCAUCAGCUCCAAGGCCGAUUGCGAGGAGAUCCUCGGUGGUCGCGUGAAGGGCUUGAGAGACGUUGUCGAGCUACAUUUUGAAGUCGACACCGAGCGCGAGGGUCACCCGUCGUCGAAGAAGCAUGAGAAACGCGAAGGAUGGAUCUGCCCGGUCACAGCGAAGCAGCUGGGCCCAAACGUGAAAUCGGUUUACCUUGUUCCGUGCGGCCAUGUAUUCUCCGAGGAGGCGAUUAGACAGAUCAAAGAUGAUAAGUGUCUACAGUGUAACGAACCCUACACGGAAGAGAACGUCAUCCCGAUCCUGCCGACCAAAGAAUCAGAUAAACAGAACCUACUAGCUCGGUCGCAGAAGCUCUCCGAGCAAGGUCUCACCCAUUCCCUCAAAAAGGCCCCCGGCGCCAAAAAGCGGAAGAAGCAUGCCGGCAAUGGCGACGCCGCCGAAGACGGUUCCCAAUCCAAGAAAGCGCAAAGCACGGCGACGAGUCGCAGUAACACAUCAACGCCAACGCCUAGUGCCCCGAACGGUAUCAAGCACGCAGCCACGGCGAUGCUGACCGCGCGUGUCCUCGAAGAGGAAAACGAAAAGAAAAAGCGAAGAAAGAUGAUGGGUAUGAAUGAGAAUCUGAGUAGCCUUUUUACGAAGGAUUCUAAGGACGGGACAUCGAAGAAUGGGGACUUUAUGACGAGAGGGUUUACGCUUCCUACGGCGGGCAAAAAGUGA